UGGUAAUGCUGUCUGUAUGUACCUACCUUAGGUAUUUUGUAGGCACCACCUAGCUAAUUACCUAGGUACCUAUGUAAGCUUGUGCAUGGCUACUUUUUCUCCUUUAAACAGUUUCCCCAAUCUUCCUUUUUUUUUCCUGGAGAUUAUAUUUGAUCUUCCUUUCUUUCUCCUCCGUCUCACCUUUCAGCUUUUUUGGCAUUGAUCCUGCUACCUGCCUUGUUGCCUUGACACACGCGCGCCCGCACACACGCUUGUCCUUCUUUCUCUUCUCUCAACCCUUCAGAAGUUCGGACUGUAACAAAGCUUGCAUCGCGCCGCCCGGUUUCUCCUGCCCCCUCCUCGCCUAAACUUGAAGGCUUGCGAUCCAGAGAAACACAACCGCCUUGACACAGAGAAAAAGAUAAAAGAAAGCAAAAAAAUACGAAUAACCCAAGCCCAACGCCCCCGCCUUCUUGCGUACAUCAUCAUUUCCAUUGGGCCAUUUUUUUUUUUGCCUUUUUUCUUCAGCUCUUGCAGGGUGCAAUUUUAACCGUCGACUUAAAAGAGUUUGCUAGAGCAGAAACUCACCCAAGAGGAUUUUCUCUGAAAAAAAAGAAGAAAAAGAGAGCGCAAAGCAGACAGCAGUAGUAGCUAUAGCACAGCAACCUUUCACACUUGCAACAAUGGCAUCCAUCACCAACAACCCACAAGCAGCCGAUAACAGCUCAACGGUCCUCAGCGACGAGGAGCUCGACCGUGACUGGAAGCCCAAUGGCCGCCGCCCGCACUCCACCAUCGCCCGAUCCUUCUCCGCCGAACUGAUGGACAUCUUCCGCAUCGAGAACAGCCUGGCUGAUUUGGAUUCACAAGUCGACAAGCGAAAACAAGAACUAAGCAGCCGAACAACCGAGCUCGAAUCCCUCGAGCAGCGCAUAAAGGAGAUGGAGGCCCGCCUCCGCCAGCGCGGCAGCCCGCCCAACAGCACCGGCCCCGCCGCCAACAGCGCCAGCCCGAGGCAUGUGCGUUCCCCCAUCAGCGGUGUGUUUGACGAGUCUGCUCAGAGCAGCAGCGACGGCAGCAACAAGCACCAGGACGACGAGGCCAGGCGUCAUGAGUCGAGGGCGGCUGGGGAAAAGUACGCCGGAUCCAGGCCCGGCACCGCCCGCGCAUCGAGGCAGGCUGUGCCCGGCGCCCUCCCACCCACCCCAACCGAGUCAGAGGACGGUGACCGGGAGAGGGAUCACGUUUAAUUAAAAGAUGAGCCAUUUUUUUCUGGCCAAAUCUUUAUACAAAACUUUUUUUUUCCCCGAGUUUCAAACUAUACAACAGCAUAGAGCUACUCCCCCACGAACGAUGUUACGACGAAAGCAGAGAUGGCAAGACUUUCAACCGGCAGAUCAGACUGGAGCAUAACAGAGCAAUUGCCUGUCUGGGACGCAUAGACUCUAUUUUUCCCAUUUUCCCACUUGUAUCUCAGUGCGAAACACACAACCCAGCAUAGCCUCUGCACCGACCCUUCAAUCUUUGGUCAGUGGUGGGCCCACCCCUGGUUGACAACAGGGCGGAGUGGUGAAUUUGCUUGUUUGUCUCGAAUCAAAAAUUCCUUGGUUCCUCUGCGCGGGAAGAGAGAUGCUUAGAAAGUAUCACUCUUACGAAAUUCGUUUAAACACCACACACAUGGAUUUUCUAGAGGCUUGGUUCUCCAUUUUUGGUUCUGGUCCAGCCCCAUAUUUAUUCUCAACACAGAUCAGUCAGGCAUGGUUGAGAGAGAGGCGAGUUGGGCUGCCUUGGGAUUGCAGGCAGCGAAGGACUUUUUUGGAUACCAUUGUUUUGGACGGUUGGAGCGUCGACUCUAGACCGGAGUUGGGUUGAGGGAAGAGAGACUGACGGCGUUAUUGGUGUUACUGCUUAUCAGAUCGGGCUUCUUUUUUGGCGUCCCUCUAAUUUCGGGGCCUGGUUUUUUUUUACCGUUUUAACUCUAUUUACAUUGCAUUGUAAUUAUACCACACACAUCGUCUUGGGAACAUUGCUUGCGAUAGAUCACAAUCGUGUUGCUGUGGGCAUGGGGCUAUAGCAUGCCAGCUACUCGUUUACGUUUAUUCUUUUGCUCGGAACUGGAAUUCGAAUAUAUUUCGGGCCGUUCUCUGAGGUUG